CAAGCUUACGCAAGUCGUCAGCGUGUGUUUCUGUGCAUUCGGAAAAUGGCGAGCUGGUGUGUCCGAGCGGUGAGGCAGAGCUACUCUGUGUUAGUGUCCCCGACGCUGAAGAGGGCACCUGUGAGGUUGCUGUGCACUGCCACCCAGCAGAAGAAUGGCCCCAGCUCCGAGGAGGAGGCUGAGAAAUCGGAGCAGAGCCCAGCAGAAAAGGUCCUUACCGAGGAGAAGGUCCAGCUGGAGGAGCAGCUGAAGGAGAUGACGGAAAAGUAUAAGAGAGCUCUAGCAGAUACAGAAAACCUGAGGACCAGGAGUCAACGGAUGGUGGAGGACGCCAAGUUAUACGGCAUUCAGGGUUUCUGUAAGGACCUCCUGGAGGUGGCUGACAUCCUGGAGAAGGCCACGGAGAGCGUCCCGAAAGAGGAGGUGACAAGUCAGAACCCUCACCUGAAGAACCUGUACGACGGCCUGGUGAUGACAGAGGUCCAGAUCCAGAAGGUCUUCACCAAGCACGGCCUGCUCAAGCUCAACCCUGAGGGCCAGAAGUUCGACCCCUACGAGCACGAGGCGCUCUUCCACGCCCCUGUGGAGGGCAAGGAGCCCGGGACCGUCGCCGUGGUGACCAAAGUGGGCUAUAAGCUGCACGGUCGAACCCUGAGGCCGGCAUUGGUGGGCGUGGCCAAGGCUUCCUAGGACCGAUUGGCGUAACGAAGCAGGGCAGCAUUGCCAGUGGAAGACGACGCACUUGGCGGACCGCCCAAAGCAACGCGGUCAUUUCCCACAAAAACUGUCUUCACACUGAGACUGGACCAGCAACACAAACUCUGGGGACAGCGUCCAGCAGUUUUAAACCUCUUCCAGUAGACGGGCCUGUACAGUAAAUAAGUUGUCAUCAUCGUUGUGGUUUGCGUUCUUUCAGGAUCUGUUAGAAACACAAAGUUACAAGAAGCUUUCACAGUGUAGAGCAGGCCAACAUCAUUAAACCUGAGGUUUUAAAUAAAGGCAUGUUGGGUCUGAGUUUAUACCUGAGGGGUAGAACCCAUUCUGCUGCUGGUGUCAUUCCAAACUUCUGUUUUAAUCGUUUGUCUUUUAGUGUUAGAAGUUUGAACUGCAUCCUUGAAUUAAAGCAAAAGAGAUGUGACGGAAACGGGUUGUAGAUCCCUGUGCAGUUUCAGUAAAAUCAAAACAUUUGGCAACUUAAUAAACCAGCUUCAGGCAGGGAUGCAACAUAGCUCAUUUCAUAGUAAUAAUAAUAUUGAUCCAUACCUGCAGUCGUGGGCACACUUACGCUAAUGUGCUAAAAGCAUCGCUACUUCUUAUUUAGGACUUUUGCAAACUUUGAAAACUUAGUUCCCUUAGCUCAAUUUCUCUGAAUAACUUCUAAAGUGUAAUAGGCAAACUGUCAGAUGAAAGUUAAACAUCUCUGACGUUUUGGCUAUUUACUGAUAAAAAAAAAUCCAAGUCAGUCUCUUAUUUUGAAGGGAGCAAAAACUGUUUAGGUAGUGAUUCUGUUUCCUCAGCUCACCUCUUGAUUUUAUUUAUUUUUUAAAUCCCCAAAAAGCAUUAUUUCAAGUAAACAUACAAGAACAAAAUAAAACACAUUACAGAACAACACAUAGCAAUAAAUAAAAUAUCUAGAGCGCUAUAGGAAGUGAAUGAUGUCAAAAUUAAAUUGGCGUUUGAGUGUUGGUUCUCCUUUAGAGACAGAUAUUUGAAUUGAAAUUUGUGGAGUAGAUUUAGCUUCUGCUAAAUAAGGUGUAGCGCUGUUUAUGAUUAGUGCUUUAGUUAUCAGUGCCCACCACUAUAUCAGCAUGUAGGAUUGAUCUGACCUUCACCAAUAUAUCUGUAUUGGAUUAAAGUAACUGAAAUGUGACUUCUUUUUAUUUAUUUUGACUUCAAGAGCCUGAGCCUCAGUACACAAGUGGAAAGGAGCAACAGUAGAAGCUGUGAUUCAUACAAGAGCACUGCAGUUCAGUUCAGCGCAUGGUCUGUAGAUCUACUACAGGAGAGGACUGGAACAAACACAGGAAGAGAAUUAGAUAAUAUCUAGGUAAAAUCUAUAAUGCAUGGCUGGCAUCGGUAUUUAAACCAUAUCAGCAUCAUUAAGAAAAUGUUCAAAGUUUGAAAGAUUGAAUGUUUUGGAAAAUAAAAAACAAUGCAACUAGA